AUGGCCAAGAAGAAUUUCAGUGUGUUUGAGUUCUGGUUUUGCGUAAUCUGCAUCGUGAUCUGUGCUAGGGUUUGUUCUCCCGGUAGAUCCGAUAAGGAAACUCGAGAUAGGUUUUAUGGUAACAUGCUUAAUUCGUCUGCUCCUGAAUCCAAUGAUGGUACUUUGGCUAAGAUGUUCGAUCGUGUUCUUGAGAAGGAGUUUUCUGAGAAUGAUACACCUGAAGAACCUGACAAAAACAGCUUCAAUAACAGUGUAGCUGAUCAGCAGGCAGUAUUGGAGACUGUAGCAAAAAUUACUCAUGAUAAAGCUAAGAGAAAUGAUACGCGUGAGGGAAAUGGCACAAGAUCAUUUCAGUUUCAAGAUGUGUUCUCUCUAGAAAGUGAAGAUUCUGAUGACGUGACAACUUUGAUUGACAAAAAGGACAAUGUCUUUGUGAUGUCAAACAAGAAAUCCAAAUAUCCAGUGCUUCAAGUGGAUUUGAGGCUAAUAUCAGAUUUGGUGGUCAUCAUAGUUUCUGCAGCCAUCGGUGGAAUAGUCUUUUCCUGUUUGGGGCAACCGGUUAUUGUGGGGUACCUUCUUGCAGGCUCCCUUAUUGGACCAGGGGGUUUGAAAUUCAUCAGUGAAAUGGUACAGGUUGAGACUGUCGCUCAAUUUGGGGUAGUGUUUCUUCUCUUUGCUUUGGGGCUGGAGUUUUCCUUAGCAAAGUUAAAAGCCGUGGGGCCUGUUGCUGUUUUUGGAGGACUGUUUCAAAUUGUAAUAUUCAUGUUCCUUUGCGGAAUUCUUGCCAUGUUAUGUGGAGGGAAACUGUCUGAGGGUGUUUUUGUCGGUUCCUUUCUUUCAAUGUCAUCCACAGCAGUGGUGAUAAAGUUUUUGGUGGAGCGGAAUAGUAACAAUGCUCUUCAUGUUCAAGUUACAAUUGGCACUCUUAUUUUUCAGGAUUGUGCCGUGGGUUUACUAUUUGCUUUACUCCCUGUUCUGGGUGGUAACAGUGGUCUUUUACAAGGGAUUAUCUCAAUGGGAAAACUGUUGCUAGUAUUGUCCUUGUAUCUCACUGCUACAUCAAUACUGACUUGGUCGUUUGUUCCUCGCUUUCUCAAACUAAUGAUGCGGCUCUCAUCUCAGACAAAUGAACUUUAUCAGCUAGCUGCCGUUGCUUUCUGCUUGUUAUCUGCAUGGUGCAGUGAUAAGCUUGGUCUUAGUCUUGAGCUGGGUUCAUUUAUGGCAGGUGUUAUGAUUUCCACAACAGACUUUGCUCAACAUACUCUGGACCAGGUGGAACCAAUUCGGAACCUAUUUGCAGCUCUCUUCCUCUCAAGUAUUGGAAUGCUUAUACAUGUGCAGUUCCUUUGGAACCAUGUAGAUAUAUUGCUUGCAUCUGUUAUUUUGGUGGUGGUUGUCAAGACUGCUGUUGUUUCUAUAGUUACAAAGGCCUUUGGUUAUAGUCUUAAGACAGCAUUUGUUGUUGGUAUCUCACUUGCUCAAAUUGGAGAAUUUGCUUUUGUUCUGCUGGGUCGUGCGUCAAAUCUUCAUCUUGUUGAGGGGAAAAUGUAUCUUCUCCUUUUAGGGACAACGGCUCUGAGUUUGGUCACAACGCCACUUUUGUUUAAAUUGAUUCCGGCUGUCAUGAAUCUGGGUGUUCUCAUGCACUGGUUCCCCUCUGAAAAUGGCUCACAAAAUGAGGGGAAAGCUUCGAUGAUUGAGACAAACAGAAUGUUGUGA